GAUUUCUACGCUGCCAUUUUGUCCGCGGUAGUAGGCAGGCAGCUAGUGGAGCCAAGCCCCUACAUAUUCAAGAAAAACUUGAAUAAUAAAAAAAAAAGACGACGAUAUGAGUUGGAUGUCAAGGCUCAGUGGUUUCUGAGUUAGUUUUUUUGUUUGUUGCCAAAUUCAUGGAUAUAUCGGACCAAAUACGUUAAAUUCAGGUGUUCCUCUCCUGGUACGAGACUCGGAGGAAGCAGGGUUAAGACAGAACGGACAGUAGGUAGCUAGCUAGCUAGCUGGGAAGGCUAGCCGACUGGCUGCUGUCUUAUAUCCGUCUACAUCUAGCCUGAAACUCAAGACAAGUUGGGAAGUUUGACAGUUUCACCUUGGCCCAUUUUUCGUUCGUUAUGUUUCGCUCGAAACCAAGGGACUGGUCUGUUCGAGGUAGCCUAAACACACAAAACGUCAGUGGAAGUUGAAUUCUGAAGAAAGGGAUUUUAUUUGAGUGAAGUUUUGUUAGUAACUGUUAGCUAGCUUGGCUAAACUGUGAUCAUAAUUCGGGGCGCAUAGCUAUCUCGCCAGUCGGCUCUGGUCUUGUUAAUUGACCGUAGGUAAUCCAGCUAGCUAGCGAUGUUUAUAUGUAGCCAGCGAGCUGAUAUUUCUGUUUACAAAUUGCAUAGUGGGACUCAUUCCCGGUUCGAAUGCAGAAACGGAAAUAUUAGCUAACACAAGCUAGUUUACUUGUUUUAGAUGUCAACUUUUUUGUGUUUUUUUUUUUUACUAUACAGAAUAACUUGUUAAUGAUAGUUAACUAACCUAGAUAAUUGUUAAUUGAUUUGCUUAAUCAAUAAUACAUAAUAACAUAUUGUGGUGUCCGGAUUUUUAGCCAGCUAGCUGCCAGCUGAAACCCCCAGGUUUGAGGUUGCAACAAAUACCUAAAAUUAGCCUGACAUUUUUCAACGGUACUGGCCUAGGACGUCAUACCGCUUUUUUGUGUGUUUUUUUUUUUUUAACGGAACCGAUUGACGUGGCCUGAAACCUCCACACUCUUCCCAUCACUGGUGUUACGCACGUCAGCUAAUAUCCAAUCGUUGGACAUUGUAUGUGUGUGUGUGUGUGUGUGUUUAUCAUCUAACUAAUCCAUAGUGGGUUUUGUAGCGAAACAGUGAAACAUAAUGUCAGGACAGUCUAUAACGGAUCGCUUCGCAGCGGCACAGCACAGCAUGACCGGGUCUGCUAUCAGUAAAGCCGUGUGCAAGGCCACGACGCACGAAGUCAGCGGCCCCAAGAAGAAACACCUUGAUUACCUGAUCCACUGCACCAGUGAGAUGAACGUGUCGGUCCCUCAGCUGGCUGACACCCUGUUUGAGAGGACAGCCAAUAGCAGCUGGGUGGUGGUCUUCAAAGCUCUGAUCGCUACACACCACCUUAUGAUGUAUGGCAAUGAGCGUCUUAUCCAGUAUCUGGCUUCUAGAAACACCCUCUUCAACUUGAACAACUUCUUGGACAAAGGUGCUCUGCAAGGUUAUGACAUGUCUACAUUCAUCCGUCGGUACAGCCGCUAUCUGAAUGAGAAGGCCAUGUCUUACAGACUGGUGGCUGUGGACUUUACCAAGAUGAAGAGAGGGAUUGACGGUGUGAUGCGCACCAUGAGCACAGAGAAGCUCAUCAAGACCUUGCCAAUUAUCCAGAACCAACUAGACGCACUGCUAGACUUCCAGGCCAACCCUAAUGAGUUAACUAACGGGGUUAUCAAUGCAGCCUUCAUGCUGCUGUUUAAAGACUCCAUCCGUCUGUUUGCUGCCUACAACGAGGGUGUCAUCAACCUACUGGAGAAGUAUUUUGAUCUGAAGAAGGGUCAGUGUAAAGAGGCGUUGGACAUCUAUAAGAAGUUCCUGUACAGGAUGACCAAGCUGUCAGAGUUUCUCAAAGUAGCAGAGCAAGUUGGAAUAGAUCAGGGUGAUAUCCCCGAUCUCUCACAGGCAGUUAAAGGAUCAUGCAUUGCCCCCAGUAGUCUCCUGGAGGCUCUGGAGCAGCACCUAGCCUCUCUGGAGGGGAAGAAGACCAAGGAGCUCAGCGCUGACACCAGAGCGUCCACUCUGUCCAGUGCGGUGACGUCUCUGUCCAGUACAGGCAUGUCCUUCAGCCGCAUGGACGAGAAGGAGAGACUGCAGGCCUUAGAAGAGGAGCAGGCCAGACUGCAGGCCCUCAAGGUACAGGACCAGCGUCUGAAGGAGAUAGGUGUGUCCAUUGUUCCCUCUGCCUCCCCCAGUACACAGUCCAUGGGUAGUGUCAACCACAACACCAACCAGGCCAUGGAGCUAUUCAACACACCAUCCACCAAUAGCAUGCCCAACCUCAGUAGUGAUCUGUUUGACCUGCAGCCAGCCUUCAUCCCUGCUGUCCAGAGCACUCCUUCCAUCUGUACAGCCGCCAGUGCCUGGGGAGGUGCUGCUGUCCAAGCUGAGUCCUCCAUAAAUGUAGAUUUUGACGCUGUUUUUGGGGGCGGGGCUAGAGGAAUAGCCAAUAACGGCGUGCAGCCAGCCGCCGAUGGGUUUGAUGCUCUUGGGGACCUGCUGAAGCCCACAGUGUCCAACCAUAACCAGGCUCCCCCCAUGGCCCUCCACCACCCCCACCCUGGUCACCCCCACCCCGGUCACCCCCAUCAGGGGUACCACCCAGGGGGCAAGCUGCUGGCCAACGACCUGGACUCCUCCCUCGCCAACCUCGUCGGCAAUCUGCAGUUCGGAGGAGCCCCAGCCAAGAAUUUGUCUCUGUGUGCCCCGGUGUUCAGGCCAGACAUGCAGUGGAGCCAGUCUGGAGAGAAGAGGCUGACUGGGGGACACAACUGGCAGAGCAAGACCAUGACCAGCACCAGGGCCUGGAAUCCUGCUCCCAUGGCCCCCGCACCCAUGCCUGUACAACACCUGAAUGGGAUGUUCUAUGCCGGUUAUGCUCCAGCUCCUAUGCCUUUCCCCAUGACCACACCGCAAGUGCCUAUGUAUGGAAUGGUCCCUCAGAUGGGUCAGAUGGGGGGUGUACAGGUGAUGGCCCCCCAGCCCAUGAUGUACAACCAGCCUGUACUCAGACCCACAAACCCCUUCUCCCCCAUGCCUGGAGCCCAGAUGCAGUUCAUGUAAUUUCAUCAGGGGGAGCAGAGUGCCAAAAAUGAUGGCAUAAAACACACAGUGAGGAUAAACGAGGAAUGAAUGGGCAGACAGAAGAAAGAACCAAAUACAAGAGGAGAGGAAGAGGGAAGAAAAAGAGGCUGAUGAACCCAGGAUAGAGGAGGGUAGACACGGAAGAUGAAGGGUAGAGCAAGGAAGAGGGGAGAUUGGGGAGUGUUUAUGAUAUCAUAAAGGCUUACCUCUCUGUCUGAAACAGCCCCCACCCUAAAACAAGCAACUACCCCCCCCCAAAAAAAACCCGGAACCCCCAUAAAUGGAUAGGUCUUUUGGAGUAGACGGUGUGAAGGGGUCAGGUUUGAAAGGUCAUAGGUUCAUUACACUUAGGACCAGUGUGUACAUUGACUUUUCUGUGUUGAGUUAGUUUGUCUUCUGUUACCGUUGGUGUAGAUGGAUGGAUUACGCCCUGUUAAAAUGACUGGGACUCUUCGAUGUUGUAGGUAUGUUACUGAGCUGAUAUUGAGCACUUUGACACACAGACAGACAGACAGACAGACAGACAGACAGACAGACAGACAGACAGACAGACAGACAGACAGACAGACAGACAGACAGACAGACAGACAGACAGACAGACAGACAGGUGUGAAUCUAGCCAUGGGCAGAACGGACUGAUUUGUCUAGAAAUAGAUCGUCCGGUUACAGUUGAAGCCAUCCUCUGGUUGGUGAGAUGGUUACAAACCGGUAGGAACUCAGAGUUGUUUGUUCUGGUUUUCUAUCUGAGUGUGUGGGCACACUGUUUAUAAAGCAUUACUUAGUGAGCUGGUCUCUACCUGCUUUCUUAGACUUAAAGGUCACCAAAUUUAAGCUGUUUUUUGUUUUCCAACUUUCUCACUUGUUAGUGAUACACAACCGGGUGGAAAUGUUUGUCCCUGCUCGCUAGCCGUCUUUGACUGUUUGCUAGUUCAGAAAAAGCACUUAAGGUCUGUAUGUUACCCAUGGGAGGUGUUUCAGACAUGGAGAAGCCGUCACCAGGUGUAAUCAGACUGGAUAGAAAACAUUAAGGACACCCCUCACCAUCACCCUACCAUCAAUCAGACUGGAUAGAAAACAUUAAGGACACCCAUCUACCCUCACCAUCAUCCCACCAUCAAUCAGACUGGAUAGAAAACAUUAAGGACACCCAUCUACCCUCACCAUCACCCUACCAUCAAUCAGACUGGAUAGAAAACAUUAAGGACACCCCUCACCAUCACCCUACCAUCAACCAGACUGAAUAGAAAACAUUAAGGACACCCAUCUACCCUCACCAUCAUCCCACCAUCAACCAGACUGGAUAGAAAACAUUAAGGACACCCCUCUACCCUCACCAUCACCCUACCAUCAAUCAGACUGGAUAGAAAACAUUAAGGACACCCCUCACCAUCACCCUACCAUCAACCAGACUGGAUAGAAAACAUUAAGGACACCCAUCUACCCUCACCAUCACCCUACCAUCAAUCAGACUGGAUAGAAAACAUUAAGGACACCCCUCUACCCUCACCAUCACCCUACCAUCAAUCAAACUGGAUAGAAAACAUUAAGGACACCCCUCACCAUCACCCUACCAUCAAUCAGACUGGAUAGAAAACAUUAAGGACACCCCUCUACCCUCACUAUCACCCUACCAUCAAUCAGACUGAAUAGAAAACAUUAAGGACACCCAUCUACCCUCACCAUCAUCCCACCAUCAAUCAGACUGGAUAAAAAACAUUAAGGACACCCCUCUACCCUCACUAUCACCCUACCAUCAAUCAGACUGAAUAGAAAACAUUAAGGACACCCCUCUACCCUCACCAUCAUCCCACCAUCAAUCAGACUGGAUAGAAAACAUUAAGGACACCCCUCUACCAUCACCCUACCAUCAAUCAGACUGGAUAGAAAACAUUAAGGACACCCCUCUACCCUCACCAUCACCCUACCAUCAAUCAGACUGGAUAGAAAACAUUAAGGACACCUAUCUACCCUCACCAUCAUCCUACCAUCAAUCAGACUGGAUAGAAAACAUUAAGGACACCCAUCUACCCUCACCAUCAUCCUACCAUCAAUCAGACUGGAUAGAAAACAUUAAGGACACCCAUCUACCCUCACCAUCAUCCUACCAUCAAUCAGACUGGAUAGAAAACAUUAAGGACACCCCUCACCAUCACCCUACCAUCAAUCAGACUGGAUAGAAAACAUUAAGGACACCCAUCUACCCUCACCAUCAUCCUACCAUCAAUCAGACUGGAUAGAAAACAUUAAGGACACCCAUCUACCCUCACCAUCAUCCCAACUCUCAGCUGCUUCUCAUGUAUACUCUUGUCUGUCCAUGGAGAGAGCUAGAGAACUGUUGAGCGCAUCUGAAAUGGCACCCUAUUCCCUAUCAAGUGCACUACUGCCCUAAGGGCCUUGGUUAAAAGUAGUGGCCCACAGUAUUUAGAGAAAAGGUUGCCAUUUGGGAACAUUCCUGUUGUAAAAUGUUUCUAAUCCCUCCUCUCUACUGCAUCUUGUAAAAACAGUUUCUUCAUCCUUCUGUGCCCUUGAAUUUUGACAGAUUCAUGCUUAUACCAACACAUACACAGGCAUGCAAUAACAUGUGCAUACAGAUGUACACACAUGCAUGUAGCACGUUACACACACACACAGAAACACACAUGCAGAAACACACACUGAACAAUGUUAGAUUUUUCUGGGAUAAUUCUGGUAGUAAUGUCAAUUUUUAUUUUUAUAUAUUUUUUUAUCAUAAUGUCAUUACUCAUUAUGUAUUGUUUUAAAGCAAUGCUCUGUCAAUUUUCCUCCCAAUUGUCAAGAUGUCAUGUGAAAGGAUGUCAAAGUAACUUUUGGUGUCAAGGGAUGUUAUUAUCCUGUUGUUGAAUCUUUAAGACAACUCCCUUAAUGGGAUGUUUCAUGAUGACUUUGUUUUGAACAGUCUGUGUGUCAAUAAGGUUGGUACUGGUUCACACUCUGAAUGAACCUUAUUGCCAAGGGUUACUUUAUUGUUAAAUACUUUUUGGGGCACAUCGAGUUGAAAAUGGACAACCCAAUACCUGUUUGAUCCCACUCUGGUUCCCAUAUGCUUUAUGAAAGGAUGUCACUGUAACUAUUGAGGCUCAGGUAAAGCAGGUGUGGGGGUUAACAUCUUUUGGCCAAAAUAACCAUUAUCACAAUUUCCCCUGUUUUCCUGUGUAACACUCUCAUGCCAUGUGUUGCUCACCCAGGGCUGUUUUCUGUCUGUUUCCUAGAUCUUGGUAGCUGGUCUGUUUCCUAGAUCUUGGUAGCUGGUCUGUUUCCUAGAUCUUGGUCUCUGGUCUGUUUCCUAGAUCUUGGUCGCUGGUCUGUUUCCUAGAUCUUGGUCUCUGGUCUGUUUCCUAGAUCUUGGUAGCUGGUCUGUUUCCUAGAUCUUGGUAGCUGGUCUGUUUCCUAGAUCUUGGUAGCUGGUCUGUUUCCUAGAUCUUGGUCGCUGGUCUGUUUCCUAGAUCUUGGUAGCUGGUCUGUUUCCUAGAUCUUGGUAGCUGGUCUGUUUCCUAGAUCUUGGUAGCUGGUAUGUUUCCUAGAUCUUGGUCGCUGGUCUGUUUCCUAGAUCUUGGUAGCUGGUCUGUUUCCUAGAUCUUGGUAGCUGGUCUGUUUCCUAGAUCUUGGUAGCUGGUCUGUUUCCUAGAUCUUGGUCGCUGGUCUGUUUCCUAGAUCUUGGUAGCUGGUCUGUUUCCUAGAUCUUGGUCGCUGGUCUGUUUCCUAGAUCUUGGUCGCUGGUCUGUUUCCUAGAUCUUGGUAGCUGGUCUGUUUCCUAGAUCUUGGUCGCUGGUCUGUUUCCUAGAUCUUGGUCGCUGGUCUGUUUCCUAGAUCUUGGUAGCUGGUCUGUUUCCUAGAUCUUGUUAGCUGGUCUGUUUCCUAGAUCUUGGUCGCUGGUCUGUUUCCUAGAUCUUGGUCGCUGGUCUGUUUGUGACUAUGCCCCCUGAUGUAGAUUAUUUCUCUGGUCUCCAAUGCCUGUCUAGUAUGUACAGCUCUAGAUUCUUCCUCUGGUCUCAUCCAGUGCCUGGUAGGUUAUAGCUAUAAAAUAUCCCCCAUCUUGUAUACUGUCAGGUAGACCCAGCUCUAGAAUUACCCCCAUCUUGCUGUCUCUUCUUCAUUCUCCUAUAGAUCCGUCUUUACAAUCCCCUUCUAACUUCCUGUUUCACUGGGCUCUGUCAUUGGCCUUCACUGCUUCUGCUGUGAGUGGGCAUGUCCCCACUCCAGUGUCCAUCAAUCCUGUAAACUUUAAAACUGUCUUGGAUUGGAUCAUAUGCAUCGAUAGCCAAUCGGCUGGCUAAGGGUGAUAUAUCAUCCUUAUGAAGGAUGAGGCCUGUAGUCUUUCUGAAGUGUCUCUUUGUCUAAAGGAUAGCCUCGCUAUAGUAGCAUCUGUAUAAGGGGGGGUUGAGUGGUGGUGGUUUGGAAGUUAAGGGCUCCCCUCAAUCUUUGUGGCCCAAAACAGAUGCCCUUCUCUGGACUCCCGGAUUCAUACAGUCCCUGAAUGUGGUGUGCAUGGAGCUCUGGGUAGCAGUUGGUCUUUUAUGCCCAGAUCUAGGAUCAACCCUAAGCCAUAGGGCUCUGGUCUAAAGUAGUGCACUAUAUAGGGAACAGGGCUCUGGUCAAAAGUAGUGCACUAUAUAGGGAAACUGGUGAUAUUUGGAAUGCAACUUUUAGUUUGCCGUAUAAAAAAAAGUAAAAUCCCAUUUAUUUUUCUUUCUCCUGAAUUUAUCACGUCUUGUAUUCUCCAGUUUGUCUUUACUUAUUAUUUUUUGGGGAUUCCAUGCAGAAAAACAAUGUAUAAAACAAGUCCUGCCUGUAAAUGGAGGUGUUUUGUGUACAUUUGAGCUGGUUUCAAAAUGGUGGAAGGGCAGAGAGAGAGUGACAGCGUGGAGAGUCUUCUCUCCUCAGUGAAUACAUGGUCGUGAUGUCUUGUUGUCCUCGCUACACCUUAAAAGCUAGCCUGGUGAAACAAGACUGAAACGUAAGCAUAUCAGCUUGGAUUCCAGGCUAGUUAAAAGCACGAUCUGAUCUACUCUCUCAUAUGUCUGUGUUGUCAUGAAAAGGCACUCCUAACCUAACCUGCUACAAGAACCGGUACCCCUAACCUAACCUGCUACAAGAACCGGUACCCCUAACCUAACCUGCUACAAGAACCGGUACCCCUAACCUAACCUGCUACAAGAACCGGUACCCCUAACCUAACCUGCUACAAGAACCGGUACCCCUAACCUAACCUGCUACAAGAACAGGUACCCCUAACCUAACCUGCUACAAGAACAGGUACCCCUAACCUAACCUGCUACAAGAACAGGCACCCCUAACCUGACCAUAGACCUAUUCAAUCUCAAUUGUCUUUCCUUGAGUCCUGUCUUCUCAAAAUGCAUUGGUCUGAAGGGUGUAGCCCGACCCACUUUUCCAAAGAUGCCAUGUUACUUUUACUCCUAUUGAAAUGGGUCUUUUUGAUAAUAUCUGUAAGUGAAGCACCUGUUGGUGAGCCUUUUCAUACGAGACAGAUACGUGUCAGUGAAUCUGAAACACACAAAGGAAGAGGGAGGCUUUUGGGGUUAUGAAUGGAUACAUUUUGUUAAUCUCUCCCUGAAAUGUAUUUGUUUUAUCUGUUAAAAAAAACACACACAAAAAACCCAUAAAUUCCCUCAUUUUCAGUCGGUGGUUUCGUUCAAAGAUUUUCCUGCACAUUCUCUUCUACAUGUUUUUUUUUUAAACUACUCUUCUGACUGUUGCCUGGUGAUUUAGUGUCCAUUACUUAGUGAACUACGUACAGUAGGGAAGAAAUUGCCAUUUGGGAUGCAUCCACACGUGCACACACAUCUGCUAUAAUAUUGUGUUUUCUUUUAUUUGAUUUUUCUGAACAUGAGCGAUAAUUGCAUUAUGCGGUAUAUAUGAUAUAAUACCCAAUGGGGGAUUUCAUGUAUGGAGAAGGAAGGAAGGCGAUUGGCUGCAUGUCUACAGGUCAUCAAUGAAUUGCCCAUUUGAUCAGUUGUUGAUCGAUUGAUUGGUUGUCAAUGAUUCCAAAUGAUUCAGAGAAUCACACCUUCGUCUCUGAUUCUUCUCGUUCUUCCCCCUCUUUGUAAAUGUUUAUUUAUUUAUGCAGAAAUAUAAGGAUUUUAUUAAGCAUGGAAAUAAUACAAAACAAAUGUUUCAGAAUAUAAUUCAAUUAUGGGCUUUUAUUUUACUGUUUUAUUUUUGUUUGUUUUUUUGUUGAAGAAAUAAAGUCAUUUUCCAUUC